AUGGCCGUGGCGUGGUGGCUGGCGGCGGCGGCGGGGGCCGUGCCCGGCGGCGCGUGGGGGGCGCUGGCGGCGGCGCUGGCGGCGGCGGCGGCGGUGGCGCUGGCGGCGCCGGCGCUGGCGGCGCUUCGGCGGCGCGCGCGCGUCGUCACCCUCAUCGAGCGCAUUCCGGGCCCGCCGCCCACACCCCUGCUCGGCAACACCGUCGAGUUCAACGUCGACCACGACGAGGUCUUCACGCGCCUGAUGGCGGGCGCCAUGCUGUACAACCCGCAGCACGGGGUGGUGCGCGGAUGGAACGGGUCCGCCCCGUGGGUGGUGCUCUACCGAGCACCAGUCGCAGAGGCAAUUCUGGGCAGCAACAAACAUGUGGAAAAAAGCCAUGAGUACAGGUAUCUGCAUCCUUGGCUGGGAACCGGUCUUCUUACAAGCGGAGGGGCCAAGUGGCGCGCGCGCCGCAAGCUGCUGACGCCGGCCUUCCACUUCCGCAUCCUGGAGGACUUCGCCGCCGUCUUCCACGAGCAGGGCGCCGUGCUGAUGCGCCUGCUGCGGCCGCACGCCGACGCCGCGCAGCCCUUCAACCUGCAGCCCUUCAGACCGCGAUGGGGCGUCAGACUUGGGUCGAUUGUUCAAAAUAGACAAUCUAAAUUAUGGCUGCAGCCCGACUGGUUAUUUAGAUGGAAUAAUUUGUAUAAGAUCCACCAGCGGUGCAUUAAAAUCUUACAUGGAUUCUCCAAUAAGGUAAUUCGAGAACGCAAAGAAGAAAUAAAAAAACAAAAGAAUGAAGAGAAGGUGAAAAAUAAAACGAAAGAAAUACUUUCCAACGAAGACAUCCGGGAAGAAGUGGACACGUUCAUGUUUGAGGGUCAUGAUACGACAUCGUCAGCUAUCAGUUGGGCCCUGUUCUUGUUAGGCUGCAAUCCUGAAUGUCAGGAGAAGGCGGUGGCUGAGCUGCAGGACAUCUUCGGCGAUUCUCGGCGCCCGCCCACGCUCCGCGACCUCAACGAGAUGCGCUACCUGGAGCGGUGCAUCAAGGAGGCGCUGCGCCUGUACCCGCCCGUGCCCAUGGUAGCCCGCCAGCUCAACGAGGACGCGCGCAUCGGUGAAUACACAGUACCAGCAGGUACGACAGCCGUCAUUGUUACAUACAUGCUGCACAGAGAUCCACAGGUGUUCCCAAUGCCAGAUCACUUCAUACCUGAUCGCUUUCUACCUGAAAAUUGUGCUGGAAGACAUCCUUAUGCAUACAUUCCUUUCAGUGCAGGCCCUCGCAAUUGCAUAGGACAAAAAUUUGCUCUUCUUGAAGAAAAGGCCUUGAUUUCUUCAUUUCUAAGACACUAUCGCAUUGAAGCUGUGGAUCGACGAGAAGAUUUGACUCUUCUAGGAGAACUCAUUUUAAGACCAAAGAAUGGACUGAAUGUUAGGAUUUUUCAUAGGACUUAACCUUUUGUAUAAAAAAUAAAAACAAAAUGUAUAUUCAUUCAAAUUUCAUGUAACGUUUUUAUUUAUUUUUUGUGGG